AUGGUAGAGUGUUUUCUCGAUAUGGUGUCCAGUGAGACCAACCGUGCUACGUUCAUUCAAAAUCUUCUUGGGUUUCUAUCCGAGUAUGAUAAUGGCGUCGACUUCGACUGGGAGUACCCAGGCGCUGAUAACCGUGGCGGAUCUGAUUCAGAUGGCGUGAACUAUACCGCAUUUCUGAAAGAGCUGCGUGCUGCCAUUAAUGCUGGCGGCAAAAAAUACAUCGUGACUUUCACUGUUCCUACAUCAUACUGUGACAAUCCCAUCGGUAACCAAAUCCUUGCUCAUACAACCCUUACCGAGAUUGAUCUUGUCUUGGACCUCUUCUGGCGUGUAGAGGUUGAUCCUUCUGCAAUUAAGCCAGGUUGUGCGUUCAGCGGUUCUGGUGCGAAAGAAAAAUGCACAGAUACUGCGGGUAUUCUUUCUUAUCUAGAUAUCCAAGAAAUCAUUGAUGACGCUGGCGGCACUGCCUAUCUAUAUGAAAAAGCCGCGGUCAAAUAUAUGAUCUACAUCAAUGACAACUGGAUCUCGUUCGAUGACUCGGGAACAUUCAAGCAAAAGAUCGACUACGCCAACAAAAUGGGCCUAUCAGGAUUGAUGGUAUGGGCUAUUGAUCUCAACGACAAUUAUCUUGGGGUCCUGAGGUCGAUCUCGGACUCGCAGUAUAUUGAGAACGGGCGGAACAUACAGGGUUCACGAUCUAUUCCCAUUUUACUUCGUUCGCCAUGCCAAAAUUGCCGAGCAGACACAGGGCCAAUACAGAAAUCCUAA